AUGCCGACGCUUCGAGGACACUGCAACUGCGGCGCGCUCGAGUACACACUCGAUGCGACCCCCGCCAACCUGCGCAUGUCCGCCUUCUGCCACUGCACGCGCUGUCAACGCAUCAAUGGUGCACCCUACAUCUGGACGACGCACUGGAAGAAGGAGGCUGUGACGUGGUCUUCCGCGCCCCACAAGCCCACCUCUGCCACUGGAUCUGAUGCCGAGGUGCAGAAGGUCAUGGGUGCCGCAGUAACGACUGCACAGCUGUACGAGUCGGUCGCGGGACGCAAGUGGAAGCUGCGCUGCUCAGAGUGCGGCAACCCCAUGGGCUCCUGGAACGAGGCCAAGCAGCAGUGGUCUAUCUGGCCGAGCACGCUCGCCCGUCCGGAGGGGGACAAGACGGGAAUCCCAGGACUCGAGCUGUUCCCUCCUACCGCGCACACGUUCUACGGCCCUUGGAAGGUGGCCACUGUCACCGACGAUUUGCCCAAGUUUGUCGGCUAUGCGAACGAGUCGCAGCAGGUCGACCGGAACGCUGAGCCGCUGCCGGCAAACUUCAGCAUCAACGACUUCAACCCGCAUGACCCGCGCGAUAUGAUUGGAUACGGCCCCAAACCUCCGCACCCGCAGUGGCCCAACAACGCGCGCAUCGCCGUCUCGUUUGUGCUGAACUACGAGGAGGGAGGCGAGAACCUCACGCUCAACGGAGACCGCGCCGCCGAGCAGUACCUCACAGAGUACGGUGCCGCCAACGGCUCCACCGCCCCUUCGGGCAUUCGCAACCUCAGCGUCGAGUCCGCGUACGAGUUUGGCUCGCAUCGCGGUUUCUGGCGCAUCCUGGACCUGUUCAAGCGCAACAAUCUGCGUUUUACGAGCUGGUCGGUAGGCCGGGCGGUGGAGCAGAACCCGGCGGCGGUCCAGGCGAUGGAAGCGGCGGGGUGCGAAGUGGCGAGUCAUUCGUACCGGUGGUUCGACCACUCGGCGAUGUCGCAGGAAGAGGAGCGCGCGCAGAUCCAGGCGGCGGUGCGCGCGAUCAAGAGCGCAUCGUCAAAGUCGCGCGAGCCACGCGGGUGGUACACGGGCAGGCAGUCGAUCAACACGCGUCGGCUGGUGUACCAGGUGUACAAGGAGAUGGGACUCGAAAAGGAGCUCUACGACUCGGACGCCUACGACGAGGACCUCCCCUACUGGGUCCCCGCCCCGGACGGCACCCAGGGCGAACACCUGCUCGUCAUCCCUUACACCCUCGACAACAACGACAUGCGAUUCGCCAUCACCCCCGGCUUCUUCAACUCGGAAUCCUUCUCCGCUUACCUCAUCGACGCCUUCGAGACGCUCGUCAGCGAGACCUUCUUGCCGCACGACAACCCCAACUCGGUACCAAAGAUGAUGAGCAUCGGCCUGCACUGCCGUGUAGUCGGCAGGCCCGGCAGGUUCCAGGGCCUCCAGAAGUUUGUCGACCAUGUCCAGAGGAGGAACAAGGAGCUGCUCCAACAGGGAGGUGGCGAGGGCGGUGUGUGGGUCGCAACCAGGGAGGAAAUCGCCAACCACUGGAGGGCUACUCACCCGCCUCCGUCGUCCAAGUAA